AUGGGGGUCCCUAUUUUGAAUUUUCAUUUUGUAAAAUUGGCCAAAUUCGAUGGAUCUGUUAAAGGUGGUUGUCAAGUGUGCACGUGUGAAGCACGUGUGGAGUAUUUAUGUACUUUCUACUCCACAAGGAUCCCUGUGGGGUGGAAAGUUGAUAGUGAAGAGGAAGAUGAUCAAGUUGAUGAGGAGAUUGUAGUGGAGCCGAACCUAGCCGUGAUUCACCUGGCCAUUCCAUCUACACCUAAUCCACCGAUAGCUACACCGGUUGCUAAACCGGCGUUUGUUGAACCUGAAGUCAAGGUUUACAAGCCUAAGAUUCCUUUUCCUCAACGAUUAAGGAAGGAUAAGCUCAAGGAACAAUAUGGUAAGUUCAUGGACAUAAUUAAAUCAGUUUAUAUUAAUGUGUCUUUGGUUGAUUUGCUUUCGGGGAUGCCGAGUUAUGCAAAGUUCAUUAAGGAUCUUGUGAUAGAUAAGAGGAAGCUAAGGCUACUUUCCUCAACACGGGCCGAUAUUGGUGCUAGCAUAAAUUUGAUUCCAUUUUCAGUUUAUAGAAGAUUAUCUUUAGUGGCAUUAAAGCCAACUCGGAUGAGCAUUAAGCUCACCGAUCAUUCAUUUCAGUAUCCUAUGGGGAUUGCUGAAAAUUUGUGUGUUAAAGUAGGCCAUAUUGUCUUUUUGGCCGAUUUUGUUAUUCUUGAAAUGGAAGAGGAUGCCGAGGUGCCUUUUAUUUUAGGCCGUCCUUUCUUAUAUACGACCGAUGUUAUCAUUCGUGUCAAGGAUAAGGUUAUUUCGUUAGGCAGAGGAAAUGAUAGAAUUUCGUUUUCAAUUGACAAACCUUUGCAACAUCCUUACUCUUGUAACACCCGCUAA